ACAAAAUUAUCCCAUUGUUGGAGUUGGAAACGUUCUAUUUAUUGGAGAAAGUUGAAGCAGAGCAACUCCUUCGUUAAAGGUUGAAUGACUUACAUCGUUUGUUCGUUUGCACUAGAAACUUUUGGGUCACAAUACUCACAAUCAGCCAUCUGGGUUCAGUUUAACCUAAUCAGGCACCACAGGACAAAAUGGUUCGAAUAAUAUCACAAGAAACCUUCAAUGAUGCAGUGAGGGAAAAUGUUGAUGUGUUAGGAAUGACUUUUGAAGAAGCUCUUGAAGAGACUAUCAAACAAUUUGAAGCUCAGAGUGUGGAUCUGAGUAAUAUAUCAAAGGAAGUCAUGUGUGAACCAAUCAAUGAAAAAUUGGUUAUUGAUGUAAUAAAAAAAAUGGAAGAGUUCAAUAAAGAAAAAAACCAUAAUGAUGAUACUAUAAAUACUUUAAACCUACUUAAAGAAUAUUGUGAUAAAGGGAUAGAAUAUAAAGUUUUAGCAGGAAAGCAUGGGGCUUAUCCACAAAUUUUAACUACAUUAGAGAACUGUGAAGAUGAUAAAUCUUUGAAAUUGUUAUGCUUGAAGACAAUGAAUGCAUUAAUGACCAAACAACCCGAUCUUCUUGACAACAAAGGGGUGGAAAUAAUUUUGGAAAAUCUUGAACCAAACACUGAUUCAGAGAUCAUUAAUGUAUGUCUAAAAUGGGCUAAGGAGUGCUGUAUUUACCAUGAAAUGAAUAGGCAAAUGCUUUUCAAUGCAAAUAUUUUGAGUAAGCUGAAAAUUAUGUUGGAAGGAGCUAGUAAUGAUAUGCUCCGUAAUAUUUUAUCAUUAUUCAGAGCUCUAGUUCUUGAUGAUGAUGUAAGGGUCGAGUUUGGUAAAGCCCAUGAUCAUGCUAAAGGAAUUGCAUGUGAAACUCUUCCUAUCCUCACUGAUUUGAUAAAAAAAUAUAGGACAGAUGAAAAUGUUGUAAGUGAUCUCAUAUUGACAAUAUCAACUUUACUUGUGAGACAUGAAUUCUGCAAGCAAGUGACUGAAGUAGGUGCUUUAGAUUCAAUUCAACAAGUUAUGACAGAAUUCAGCCAAUCUGAGAAAAUUAAUCGUCAAUGCUUCAAGUUACUCAAAGCGUUGGCUGGAAAUGAUGAUUGUAAAGUUCAGAUAGUCAGUAAGGGUAUUGCUCCCCUUAUAUCUUCAGCUUUAAAUAACAUUAAAUCGGCUGCGAUAGCAUCAGCUGGGCUUGGUUGUAUUGCAGCUCUAUGUUUAAGAUGCCCUGAAAAUAGUAAAGUAAUGUUUGAAUCAGGAAUACCAGAGGUGAUCAUUCAAAAUAUGAAAAAUUUCCCAAAUGAAAGAAGUGUUCAGAAAACUGGCAGCUGGGCUAUUAGAAAUAUGGUCUCAAGAAGUAAAUACCAAUGCAGCCAUUUUAUUGAGUUAGGCGCUGAGGAAAUACUCAAAGCCGCAUUUGAGAAGUUCAAGGAAUGUAACUAUGAUGUUAAAGCAGCAUUACGAGAUCUUGGUUGUGAGGUCCAGUUGAAAGAAGAAUGGACUGGAAAAGGAGGGCUUCUUAACCAUCCCCAGUGUUGAAAAAAAUUCAUAUUUAAUAUGAAUAGAAUUGUUUCCUUCUACAUGCAUGCAUUUUUAAAUAAAUGCAUUCCUGACUUUCUAAUAUAUUUAUAAAGUUUAAUAAGAAUUUGUAAUUCAGAAUUCUUCUUUAAUACAGAAUUAAUGCUUAGAACAAAAAAAUCUAUCUCUCAAUUAAAAAUAAUGUGAAUUCCGAUUAACUGUAUUUUGGCAAUCUUGAAUUUCUUUAACUAAAUAGAUACUCAAAGCUUGGAAGUAUUAACAAAACAAGUCUUACGCAUAGUAUUGGAUAUAAGUUGUUCUGUGCUGAAUUAUGUUAUGUUAAGAAUGAUUUCCCUAUACUGUUGAUAUACAAAUGAUUCGUUGAUAUCUUGGUUGUUUGAAGAUUUUUGAUACUUUUAUAACAAUAGAUAUAUUAACUAUG